AUGUUUAGAAGAUCUUUCUAUAGUUCAAUACGACAAUUACAAGAACAAGCAAUUUCAAAGAUUUCCACUGUCGACUCCACUAUUGCCCCUCAAGUAAAUUUGUUAAAGAAAUAUUAUGGAUCUCCUCAAAUUUUAGAAUCUAUCAAAUUGGCACAAACCGUCCUACCACCAGAAUGGGAAACCAUCAAAUUACAAAAAAGCAACAAUAAGAAUACUAAUAUGAUUCAUGAUGACUUACUUAAGUUAAAUCCCUUAUAUGAUACCAUCAUAUAUAACAAUAACAACAACAAUAGCGAUAACAACACCACGGCCACCACAGCUGGCAUCUUGGAUCUAGACACUAGAUCACAGGUUGCUAAAUCCUAUUACCCUGAUUCCUUCCAUUCGAGUGCUCUACACAGUAGAAUCUCUAAAACAGUCACAAUGGCCAAUAACAUCUAUAUGCAGACUCAAAUUGACCCCAGGUACAUCACUCAAAAGUUGGACAUGAGACCCCUGGUGUUGAAACGAGUAUCAAAUCAAACUGCAAAAGGUAAGAUCCGUUCCCAUUAUGCUCUCUGUAUUGUCGGGGACCGCAAUGGUAUGGUCGGUCUUGGCGAGGGAAAAUCAAGAGAUGACAUGGGUAAAGCCAUUUCAAAGGCCCACUGGGAUGCCAUAAGAAACUUGGUACAUGUCAAUAGAUUCGAAGAUAGAACCAUCUAUGGUGAUAUCCAGCAUAGAUAUCACGGUGUGAAACUGUUUAUUAGACAAAAGGAGGCAGGUGCAGGGCUACGCGUCCAUCACACAAUCUUCGAAAUUUGCCAAUUGGCUGGUAUCAAGGAUUUAACUGUAAAGAUUUAUAAAUCAAGAAAUGAUAUGAAUGUAGCAAAGGGCUUCUUAGAAGCUAUCACUGAGGGACAAACCCCAUUAAGACAACUGGCUUUGGGUCGUGGUAAAAAAAUCGUUGACGUUAGAAAAGUUUAUUAUUCAGAGUAA